AUGGCUGAUAAUUCGUAUUCAGACGAUGAGGCUUUUGAUAAUACACAUGCCGAACUAAUGAUCGAGGCAUUCAAUCUAACGUCUGAAAUGGAUAAUUAUAUCCGUAAUUAUGCUCAAAACAAUCAUGUAUCUUAUCGUGGUUCUAUUCCUGGCCAUAUAGUUAUCAAUCGUGAUCGGGAAAAUGCCGAUCGCAUUCUCUUCAAUGAUUAUUUUUCUGAAAAUCAUCGAUUUCCUGAGUCGAUGUUUCGUCGACGAUUCCGAAUGAGUCGUACUUUAUUUGUUCGUAUUUUGGAUGUUGUCCAAAGUCAUGACAACUACUUUCUCCAACGAAGAGAUGGAUGCGGCAAAUUUGGGUUGUCCUGUUAUCAAAAAGUUACUGCUGUAUUUCGAAUGUUGUCAUAUGGCGUGGCUGCAGAUGCUACAGAUGAGUACGUUAAAAUAGGCGAAUCGACGGUUUUAGAAGCUUUCAAGCGGUUUUGUCGUGCCAUCGUGGAAGUGUUUGGAGAACGCUAUCUCCGAACACCUAAUGCUAAUGAUGUGGCACGACUACUCCAAGUUGGAGAACAACGAGGUUUUCCAGGAAUGUUAGCAGGUACUGCUCCUCCUGCUAAUUAUGUCAUCAAAGGAAAAUCAUAUAAUAUGGGUUAUUAUUUAGCUGAUGGCAUAUAUCCAAAAUGGGUCACUCUUGUUCAAUCUAUUCACGAUCCACGUGGCCCUAAAAAACAAUAUUUUGCAAAGAAACAAGAAGUAUGUAGAAAAGACGUAAAACGUGCAUUUGGCGUAUUGCAAUCAAGGUUUGCAAUAGUAGCAGGACUUGCACGGUUAUGGAGGAAGAAAAUAUUGCAUGAUAUAAUGACUUCGUGCAUCAUUAUGCAUAAUAUGAUCAUAGAAGAUGAACGUGAUAUUAAUGCACCAAUUGAAGAACGAAGUGAAGUGCAAGACGUGGGAGUUGAGAUGAUGAACGAUGGUGGACUUGAACAGUUUCUUGUUCGACACAAAAAGAUCAAGGAUAAAGAUGCUCACUUUAAACUUCGUAAUGCAUUAAUUGAUCAUUUGUGA